AUGCAUACUAUUUCUUCAAAUACUCCAAACACGAAUUUGGUACAUAAUAGCCAUGCUCCCGAGAGUUUUCAAUCUAAUCAUGAUGAAAUUGUUGAUAUCUGGUCUGUCAGGUAUUUGAUUAAGACGGCCUUUGUAAAUGUUCAAGAAUUAAGUGAUUAUGCAAGAACUAAAUUGAUAGCAGAAGAUGAUCUCAAUAGGCCAACAGCUAAAGAGGUAUUAAAAGUGGUUUCAGAUAAUUAUAGAGGUAUUCUCAAAGAAGAAUUUUUGGAAGAAGAUACA